UUUCUCAUGUCUGUUUGUAGUUUUAAGAUGUUUAUUAUGGACUAAUUUGCAACAGACCAGGUAUAAUGAUUUCUAUAGUUACUUUUCUAGAGUGAAGCUUCUUGGUUAACUGAUUAACUACUUUCCAUAACGACCCUAAUAGCAUAUUGAGAAACUGAAUCUAUGUCAACGAGCAGCAUUAUUCAUUCACAUGUGAAUUUUGGAAUAGUUUGAAAGUUUUCAUGGAAUGGUUUAAAGCAGACAUUUAGAGCAAUUUUAUGUCGGAGGUUUCAACAAAGUAUGAUAAGAUAAGCGAUUAUAUACAGAGGAAGACCACGCUCCUGGCUCAGCCUUACAAGUCAGAUGUGGAGAAAAGAGUGCGCCGAUGUACAGACGCGCUUUUGGUUAGUACUUUGUAUCAUUUACCGAAGGGACUUGCCUUUGAGGACAUGGAUAGACUCUGUAGGACCUGGAAUCAAGAGCUAGGAGAGGAUAUUUCAUUGGACGUAUGGGAAGAUAUACAGGAAAAUGAAGCAGAAAGAAACAUGUAGCUUGAACAUGUCAUGAAAGAGGCUCUAAUGCAUUUUACAACAUCAAGGAGGGAAAUUUUUAUUAAGGCUAAGGUCUCUGAACACCUCAUUUGCCUAUGCUCGAUUGUUUACAGUUUCAUCAUCCACAUUUUCACACUUCUGUCAUCUCCGUUUAGAAUCAGAAGGCAUGAUUUUCCUCUCCUUGGAGGUAAUUGGAGCAUUUGAUUGAAAGAUGAGCUACUCUCAAACAGAAGGAGACAAAAGCAUUUCAAGUGCUGACCUGGAAUGCAAGAUCUGUUAUCAAAAGUACAAUGGCCAUAAUCGAAAGCCUAAAAUUUUGGACUGUUUACACAGAGUAUGUGCAAAAUGUCUAAACAAAAUACUACUCAUCAGUGAUGGUUCCCACUGUAUUAGUUGUCCCUUCUGUCGCCAUGAGACAGAGGUCCAUGAGGAUGAAAUUGCAACUCUCCCGGAUGAUACAAACAUCAUGUGCAAACUUACAGCAAGAGACAAAACAACAUGGAAUUCAGGUUGCAAAGAGGUAGUUUUAACACCAAAGAACUUGACUUCUUCCAGUUCAACCCUUGGUUCUUCUAACUGCUUAGUUAUUACUAUAAGGGAGGUACAAAGGAAUUCCCCAAGGACUCCAAGCAGACAUACCACCUCUGACUAUUAUGUGGAUCGCAGUCUUGACACCAUGUCUGUCACAUCCCAAAGCAGGAUUGAUCAAGAUGUGUUCUCUAAGAUUUGUAAUCGGGUGCCAAAAAUACUUGUGUGGCUCUUAGGUUUCUUCUAUUUCAGUUCAUUGCCACUUGGAAUUUAUCUUCUGGUAAUCCAAAAAGUGACUCUGGGAAUUGUGUGUGUCAGUCUUGUACCUUCCAGUCUGACUGUUUGUUUAGUCUAUGGUUUUUGUCAAUGCCUCUGUCAGGGUAUAUGUGAUUGCUCAUCCAGAAGUUAA